GCGGAGUCUUCCGCAUCUCCUUGCGCUGUCUUGGCGGGAGGGAAAGGCAGCUCCUCCUCCUCCUGGUUUCUCUUGCGCUUUUAAGGAGAGAAACGCGCUUUUACGGCUGUGUUUAGUUCGGUGCAAUGUCAGCCUGCAACCCCGGUGCUAGGAAAGAGGAAGCCAAGAACCGACUUGCAGCCGGACGCGUGGAAGAAGCACCCACCGGGCCCCGAGAUUGCAGCAGAAGGGCUUGGCUUGCGCAGGGGGGCAGCGGGGUUUGCCUAGUGAAAGCUGGUCUCGUGAGCGGGCUCUGGGUUCCUGUCCGUUUGUGCAAGCGCUAGAGGAGCGGACAGCCGGCGCUGAUGGAUCCCGGCGGGUCGCAGGAGGCCGGCCGGGUACCUGCAGAUGCCAGAACGCACUUCAAAGUCUGCAGAUUCAUAAUGGAAGCAGGUGUGAAGCUGGGCUUGCGCUCCAUCCCCAUCGCUACAGCAUGCACCAUUUAUCAUCGGUUCUUUACGGAGGUGCCUUUGGAGCCCUAUGACCCCUACCUAGUAGCCAUGGCUGCUCUUUAUCUGGCUGGGAAGGUAGAGGAGCAGCAUCUGCGGACAAGGGACAUCAUCAAUGUGAGCCACAGGUACUUGAACCCCCGGAGUGAUCCCCUGGAGCUGGACACCCAAUUCUGGGAGCUGAGGGACAGCAUUGUCCAGUGUGAGCUGCUCAUGCUCCGAGUGCUCUGCUUCCGUGUCUCCUUCCAGCACCCCCAUAAGUACCUGCUCCACUACUUGCUCUCCCUGAAGCACUGGAUGAACCGGCACAGCUGGGACCGGACCCCGGUGGCGGUGGCAGCCUGGGCCCUGCUGAGGGAUAGUUACCACGGGCCGCUGUGCCUGCAGCACGCUCCGCAGCAUAUUGCUGUGUCUGUCCUCUACCUGGCCCUGCAGUGUUACGGGGUGGAGGUGCCUGCUGAUACUGCAGCGGAGCGGCCUUGGUGGCAGGUGUUCAGUGAAGAUCUCUCCAAGAACAUCAUGGACCAGAUUGUCUUGGAUGUGAUACAGAUCUACACGUUGGACACAGAAAUCUCUUAAGCACGUGUGGGCAUUGAGGAGAGAGCGCCUCCUGUACCAGUGCUGCAGCCCAUGUGGGCACCUCCAGCUGGGACUGUGGAGGUAGCAGUGGUCCCUAUCGGAAGGAAAAGACACCAGAUCUGGCUUCCUGCUCCAUUGAGCCGUUCAGUCAGGCAGGACUUGUCUGACUGAGUUGAAAUCUUGUUGUCUGACUGAGUUGAAAUCCUGUCCCCUCCCGAAUAGAGGUGGAAAGCAACCUAUCUUGCCGUGCAGCGCCCUCGAACCGUCGGUUCUUUCAGCCUGGAGUCUUCAUCUCUUCCCAAAGGGGGUGUUCUGUUGCCUCAAAAGUUGGUGCUGGAUCAGGGUUGGUGGGGAAGGAAAUGCGGGGAAAGGCCCUCUUUCUCUUGUUUCCUGAAGUAUGCUACCUUUGGUGCUGGCUUCUAGAAUGGUUCCCCAAAGCUGUAAUGAAAUCAUCGUAAAACCCGCUGGAAGCAUCGUAUGCCAGAAGAGACUGGAUCAAAUCUUGGGUGCUGUAUUGUGUAUCUGUACAGCUUCUAUGUGAUUUUUCAGUUUUGGAGUAAAAAUUGAACUAUGAAGCAGGGUGUUCAUGAUUCCCUGGACUGUGGUGUUCCUAAGAGGUUUCUUACCCCAGUGGCUUUUCAUGUUCAGAGGAAUAUCGAGGUCAAUGGAUAACGUUCCUAAACGUCUGCCCCUUUUAUGGCCUAGGACGCUACAAACCGGAAUGCUUCAUCGUAAGAGCUGGGGCCCAGUGGCAGCCCCCGUCAAACCCAAGUGCGGCCCUCUUACUAAUAAUCCGUUGGGCCUGUGUGAAGCGUCAGUCAAAGCUGAAUGUUCUGCACAGUCCCCCUGGCACCAUGUGGAGAUGCAUCUUCUUCUCGCUGUGUCAGGGUUGUGCCUUGCCCAGUACUUCAGGUCACCUUUAAGAGAAGUGGAGCCCGCUUGAGCCCCUUGCACCAUCUUGGAAGGCAUGCACGGAGUGCUAGGAAAUGUAGCCCUUCCCAGCACUUUCCCCAUAGAGCUCUCAAGAGAAAGGGCUCCGUCUCUCUUAAAGGGCUCUCCCCGCACUGAACGAAGCACAGCAGUGAGCAGAGGUCAGCAGAGUGAGAAAUGGCUCUCUUUUCUCCCCCCCCCCCGCACUUGAGAAGUAGUGAAGAUCACUUCUGUAAAUGUUUCUCCUGAAACUAGAGGUGGAAAAAGGCUGGGCCUACCAGUUUCUGUGGCCCUCGGUAUGUACAAGGAAUGAUGUGCCCAACUCCACCUUGAGUUGCUCUUGGCUUCUCAGCUCAGUGGACAGGACAUGGUGGGUGUUUUUUUUAAAAUGAACCAGGAUUAUAUUUCAGAAAGGCUGUGUGCCAUUUUGUGAACACGUCUUUAUAGACGUCUCCCCUGCAAACUUGGCAAAGAGGCACCUUUUAACGGGGUGAUUAUCUUUAUUUAACUGGGGAGAGUAACUGGCCCUAUCUACCCCCAGCACAGGACCUCCAGUGACUGUUGCUGGUUAUCUUGUUUCUUUUUAGCUUGUGAACCCUUUGGGGACAGGGCUCCAUCUUAUCUAUUUAUUAUCUCUAUGUAAACCGCUUUGGAAACUUUUGUUGAAAAGCAGUAUAUAAAUAUUUGUUACAGUUCUAAGACCA